AAAAUACCAGAAGGCAAUAAAAUUUCAUGGGACUAGAGAACAUCGAUUUUAUUCGAAAAGCCCACUUUUAGGUGAUUUUGUCGUCUUCUCAGUAUUUCGCAUUUUCCCCCUGAAAAUUCGCUUCAAUAAAAAAAAUAAGAUGAGAUUCGUGAUCUCCGUGCUCUGAGGAAUCAGAAUAUGUAUAAUUUAUUUAAAAAUAAAGAUGUCAUUCAUUUUUGCAUUGCGUGCAACUUACUUAGAUCAUACCAAAAUUACUGGCAUUUCCAGAUAAAACGCCGUUAUUUAUUUCAAGGCAUUUGAUGGAAAUUUCCAGGAUUUAGCGACGUGAACCAACCAGAAAACGACGUGAACCAACACCAAAAGAUAGUUCAUUUAAAGAAAUAAUUAUGUAUGGUGAUUUAUCAACAGCACCACUUGAUCAACUAUCAGCAAUGGUCGAUGAAUUGUUAAUUCCAUUAUUACAAAAUCCAAUAAAUAAUGAAGCAUGGCCAAAAUUUUUUUUCUUCUUCUGCUACAUUUAUGUAUUUUUAAGUAAAACAUUGCUACCUGUUCCAAUGGGUGCUGAUAAAGUAACAGAAGAGAGUCUUGGAAAUGGUCAUUCUGUCGAUACAACAUUAUUACAUGCUAUUGAAUCUGUUGUUAUUGAAUGGUCACAUCAAAUACAAAAUGUUCCGAAAAAAGAUUCAUCACAAGCACUUUUAGAAGAUCAAAAUCCAUUACCAAAAAAUGAAACUGAUUUUUGGAAAGCAAAAUAUGUUAAUCUAUUGAAUAUACAUGAACAGUUAAGUGAGCCACGUGUUAAAAAAAUGGCAGAAUUAUUGAAAAAAACAAAUAGUAGUUAUUAUCCAGCGUCUGAUUCUCUCUUACAAGAUGUCAGCGAUGCAUUAGAAGAAGCAAAAGAAAUUGGUUUAUAUUUAAACCGAAGACAAGCGAUCUCAGAUUUGGAAAAAAUUCAAAAAGAACAUGAACCAUUGAAUAAACUUUAUGCCGAUUCGGUAGCAAAGUCGAAUAAUAUUAAAAAACAAAUUGAAAGUUUAGAAAAACUAAAGCAAUUGAAAUUAGAAGAUCAACAAAAAAAAUUGAUCAUCAAAUAUGAUCGUGGACCUUUACUCUACGGUAAAUCUGAAUUACCCAAACGAGUCGCAGUUUAUGCAGGUAUAACUAUGAUAACUCAACCAUUAACCGCAGGUGAACUCAAUCGACCAUAUGUGGGUGAAACAGAAAGACUUCUUGUUGAUAUCAUGUCUCGUGUAAAAGAUAUUCCGUAUUUAAUUUGUGCAAUGACAAUCGAUGAGAUCGAUGGUCUUGUUCCUAAACGUGAUAAUAAUGCUCAGCAAGGAAAAAUUGAUGGUAUUAGUGUCUUAUUAUCUCAUAUUGAAGGUGUCAAAGAUAUUCCAAACUUAAUUGUUUUCGGUGCAACCAAUCGUCGAAAUAUGAUGGAUGAAGCAUUUCUACGACGAAUGCAAGCGAAAGUAUUUGUUGGUCGACCAUCACCAGCUAUACGAAAUAAUAUGUUUGUAACACCAUUAGUCUGUAAAGAUUCAUGUUGGUGCAGCAGUCAGUGCAUUGAACUAGCUGAUAGUGUUGUUCGAGAAUUUAAUGUUUGGUUUGGUAUAAGUACAUUACCUGAAAUAUGUCGUUUAAAUCCAAGUAUUCUUAAUUCUACUUCACAUGAAGAGAAUUAUUCAUUAGAUUUUGAUAAUCUAAAACCAACUGGACGAAUAUUAAUUGAUUAUAGUGAGAAAAAAUGUUUGAUUGAAAUGCAAAAUGAACCAACAUUAGAAAAAGAUUUAGAGAAAAAUGAAACAUCUCUUUCAUUUUUAUUAGCACGAUUUAUUUAUGGUUGUUCAACAAGAAAUAUUGAUAGAAUUCAAACAAUUGAUUUAAAUUUUCUAAUUAAACAAAAUGCAUUUGAUGAAAAUCAAAUCUUUGAAUUAUUAACAACAACAUUUCUUGAAUGUAAUGAAUAUAAUCGAUCCAUGUUAAUCUUAUAUUGA